AGGAAAACGAGCGGGUGCUUCUUCUGCCUCGGCGCGCCGAUGCGCGCGCUGUCGAGGGCGUGCGACCUCUACGUGAGCGGCAUGUCCGGAUGCGCGCGCCGGAUGCCGGCGGGGGCUGUCGUGGGUGGUCGCGGCUCGAACGGCUUCGGCGGGCCGGCCACGACCAUGCACAUGCGGGCGAGCUCGGACCGCGCGGACGACCUUGUCCGCGCCGCGUCGAAACAGCGCCGCGUCGCGCCCGAGCCGGCGGACGUCGGGGCAGCGAAGAAGAAGGUCCACCUUAGCCAGUCGCCGGCGGCCGUCCCGGAGCGCAGGAAGCGCCCGGUGACGAUGGUCACCAUCGCUGAGGACGGGCCGUGCGAGUUCGGCGCCUGUCCGCUGAAACGGCCAGAGCAGAGGAGUCGCGGCGCGGCGGUGGGCGGACUGGCCGCGCGCGGCGGUGGUUUUGGUGCCAUCAAGGUGGGGAGCAAGGCAUUCGAGAGCCGACCAUGACGCGUGCGUACAAUACACGCGGUGAUAAAACUUAGCUUCUUUCUUCUAGGUGUCCAUUGAUUGAUUCCACUAGUUCUCUAUCCCUCUUGAUCACUUCUUGUUGACAGAUUUUUUUAAAAAAGAUCAGAUUUAUUAUAAAAAUUACAUCAAAAUUCCGAAAACCACGCAACGACCACUUACUGUGAGAACGGAUGCAAAUAGAACUAUCUCCAAUCUCUCGCAGGACGCGUCGUAUAAAUGCUAGCUGGUCACGACGUUGUGGUGAUGGAGCAACGGUUUGAAACUGGAAAUGACCUUGCCUCAUUGGUCGAAGAGAACUGAACUCUCACAAGAUGAGCCCAUAUGUAAAGUUUCUCUCAAAAUGUGAUGAGCCAGUCACUUUACUUGUUUUAUGAGCACAUUGGUCAGUCUGCCAUUUUUCAUCGUAAGGGCAUGUACAAUGGUAGCAUCACCUUAUAGCUGCUCCAUACUACACAUAGAUAAAGCAAACAUAGCCAUGGU